AUGACAUCGCGGCUAACCUCAGCACAUACUGGGGUGAUAUCUGCGAUUCAAGACGAUGCAGAAUAUGAGUUAUUAUCCCAACCCACUCGAGCCAAUCAAGGCUCACUCGGUCCGACAUGUGAAAACCUCGCGGGUACCCAGGAGAAUCCACAGAAGUUACGGCAAUGGAAGUGGGGAAGCAUAGCGGUUGAUAUAUUGGGCAUCCUGCUCGUCGUCCCGUUUAUUUUCUUGAUCUUAUUUUGUGCUAGUCGGCACAACAAACCCGUGGAUUCAGUUGAGCUGAACCGCAUGAAUCAGGGACUAUGGGCGUCCGCCACCGCGUUUACCCUAGUCUUUUCUGCACUGGUCAGUCGCAUGACCCGACGGAUAGCGGAAUGGAGGUUGGAGAGAGGGAGUUCGUUGAGGACUUUGGAGACUUUGAAUGGAAGUUCAACGUUGAUCAACACCGUCAUCACACAACUCCGGCUGCGGACAUUCGGAGGCCUAUCACUUACACUAGGUCUCUUGUGGACAGUUUCUCCUGUUGGGAGUCAGUCCCCUCUACACAUCCUCUCUACUGCUCCUACUGUGAGCAUAACUCACCAGACAAUACAACACCCCCAAGUCAACGGCUCUUCCGUCGCCGAUGGAGCUGCUGACCUUCUCUGGUACGCGCCGUACAUUGAUGCCCUCUAUACUACCAGCCUGAUUGCUUCUGAGAGCUUCCGAUAUUCCUCAAUGGACCCCUGGGCCAAUUUGAAAAUCCCGAACUUUGACGCUCUAUCCUCAACGGCUAACUCUACCGGUUGGGUUACUGUGCCUACGGACCAGAAUAUUACUUAUUCCGCUCUAACAGGCAUCCCUCUCGGGGGAUUGAAUAAAGCCGGGAACUUCACUGCAGUGGUUGAAUCUACAUACUUUUCCUUGGAGCUUGUUAACACCACAGGGAAUCUUGCGCUCAAUGGAGAUGGAGUUGAGGCAAAUUUGACCAUCGCGAAAGAUUUCAUUCCUUGGAAUUCUUCGGAUGCCUCUGCAAAGGAGACCGCAUACGCUUCAUUCAGUCCAGUCAAUCAAACGUUCAAGGCAGUCUUCAAAUGGAGCCAGCGAUAUUUCCAGUCGGAAGUCCGGUGCGUCGUGACAGGGAACUCGGUCAGAGACAGAGAUUGCACCGUCAAUGCAAUGAAAAUGAGCAGACCGAGUACACACCCUGAAUUCAACUGGAUUACUGCGGCAGAUAUCCAGGGCCAGUGGAAUAGUUUGUUAUCUGGCCAGAAUUUUUCAUUGUCGGAAGCGUAUCUCCGGAAUCCGCAGUCACCACUCGAUGCCAAACUUUCGGACCAUUCCACUGCUUCGCCAUCUAUGGAUAACCUCCGUGUCCGCCUGGAGCAGCUUUUGAAUACCAUUUUCUUCAGCACUAUUGACCCCGAGGGAUCUUUGCAGGGUAUCCCAUCCAAUCCAAUUAAGGUCAACGCAACACGAGCCUUCUACAAUCCAGGGUCUAUAUACGUUGUUGAUUAUAUCUGGUUAGCGGUUUUCCUUGUUGCAACGACUGUAAUGGCUGCUUCUGCUGUGGUCACUGCCGUUUUAACUAGUCUAAGUAAGAACCCAGAUAUCCUGGGGUACAUUUCAACUUUUAUUUGGACCUCACCGUUCUUGGGGCUUCCUCAGUCAGGCACCUUUGCUGGGGGUGGUGAGAAGACUCGCUCGAUCAGACCUUUGAAAAUUCGAUUUGGGGAUGUUAAAAGCGAAAGCGAGAUUGGGCAUCUGUCAAUCGGAACCACAUUGGACACAACAAGAGUGCAGCUAAGGCGUCUGUAUACUUGA